AUGCGCGCCAGUAAAGGAACUAGCUCCUCGGUUUCCAUUCGGAACGAAGACCCAUGGAAUGACUACGAGAAGGCUCUGAAUAUCUUCCCGCGGAGACAUAUUUUUCUCGCCCGGGACCGUGAGAGCAAAGCAGAUCUAGUCCACGUUCAGCAAUUGGAGGAAGGCGUGGCAGCACGCCCCCUCCUCGAGAUCAUAAAUCGUUUAUCGCAUCGGAGCUUCCCAUGUCUUCUGCGUUGCUACCAGCACCACGAAACAACUUUCUUGGUUUGGGAGCCCGUUGAACUGUCCCUGUCGCAGCCCAUCGGGUCCAAAUAUUCGAUACGGGAGAGCGAGCUGGUGUCUAUAGUCUGGCCGGUGGGUGAUGGAUCUGACCCUUGA